AUGAAACCGGCAGCAGAAACGACAACAACAGCAACGACAACCGCAGCCGCACCGUCGGUUUCAUCCACCGCCGCGGUGCCGUCGCGGUCGACGCCUCAUUUUCUUCCACUGCAUGACCGGCCGGCAUUCCUCGCCGAGUUGCUUCACCGCACGGUCUUCGUGUAUGGCUUUCACACCGUGGAGGAGUGUCGUGCGCUGCUGCAGCUCCUGCAGGCAAAAUGCGGCCCUAUCGCCGGCGCCUUUCGUACCGCCAACCACACACGCGACGGGAAUGACACAUCGUCGUGGUCCUACAACGCUGCUGCUGGUGGCGUCGGCGGGUGCGUGGUCAUUUGUGUGGCCUUCUACCGCGCCGACAGUGCCUGCAUGGCGCUGCGCCUUGACAACACCGCCCAAGUAUUUCAGAAGCGUUUUGUGGUGGAGAGCGCCACCCAACUCCAGCAUCUUUCGAGAAGUUAUACAUCCAUGCCGGUGUCCUCCGCCAAUUCCAUGCGUGCCACCCUGGAGUUGCCACAGCACGAGCGGCUGUGGCUGCUUCUUUUCUCAACGACCGUCGGGGCGGCAAAGAUUGACUGGCAGGCGGCCGCCGCCGCUGUGGGGCGUGGCGAAGCGCUGCUGUUGACAUCUGCCCUGUUCCCCGCGAGGCUCGAUAAAGGUGUCGAUGAUACUACCACCAGUGUGGGGUUUCUCACCAAUCGCGAUACCGCGAGUGCGAGUCGAUAUCGCACGCAUCUCGGUUUCAAACCCACCGCGGCUGGGAGGGACGCUGAAGUCGGCAGCAGCAGCAGCAGCAGCGGUGGCGGCGGUGGUGGGGAUGUGACGCGUACGUUUGAUCUCGCGAUGAACCCCACGGGAUCCUCAACGUCCACAACUCCAACAACACCUGCGGCAUCCGCCAUGUCAUCCACCACAGCCGCUGCAACACUAGACACCACUGGGUGCGCCGCAGACGCUCUUGGUCGCUCCAACACAUUGCAGCAGCAGUACUACACCACGCGUUACGAGUCUUCAAAUAUUCCGUUCUUCUCAUUGGUGUCACGACUUUCGUCAUUGGUGAUGAAUCGCAUGAAUCACGGCAGUUCAGGCGGCUUGUCUGGAACAGGAACCCCGUACAGUGAGGCGUACCUCCCCGCUCCACUUCGUCAACGCGUGGACCGCGCAGAAGGCCGAUACCACGAUACGACCUCUGCUCCUGGAGCAACCACCGGCAAAAGGACAGCUGCACCAGGCGGGGUGGGUGAAACGGGUGAUACGUUCGGUUCUGGCGAGCAUGCCACAGGGGUGACGUACAUUCCACGUAUGAGAUCCAUCGGCGACUAUUUCAUCGCCACCCUGCCGUUUGCCGCACCAUUACUCACGCAGCUUUUCCGUGCCAGUGCCGAUGACAGGCACCUGACCGCGGGCGGUGGGAAUGAUGGUGUCGGUAUUGGUGGGGCUUAUGGUGGCGACGGUGACGAUAACAUCGGCACCGCGGGGGAGCUGCUGAGUGGCGGGGGCACUGGACGUUACGAGGGACACUCGCUCCACACCACAGGGUUUGCGUCGCUACGACAGAAGCGCCCUCGUUACAUGGAUGAUGGUGAGGUUGAUGGGAGGAAUUUACGUGGCAUGGGUGGUGGGUUCGCAUCGCUUCAGCCGGAAAUAUUGACAGCCUCGUUUCCGUCCACCGCAGCCGCCUCCGCUGCCACGAGUAGGCGGCUCAUGUCGUUUGUGCCCGCAGCGGCAAGGCAAAACACCCCGCACAGCCUCGGUGGGGAGGCGGGUGUUGGCGCCCCGUCAACAUCUUCUGCCAGCACCACCUCCUCGAUGUUGCCAUUUGCCAACAUCCACUCGGCGGCCAGCAAUGACGCCGUGCGGGCGUAUGUGACAGAACGCGUUCGCCUUCGAUCUCUUCCACCUCGAGGCGUUGAUGGCAUCCCACCACCACCAGCACCAUUCUCGUCGUCGUCGCUGUCGGCAACAAUAACGAAAAGAGCGCAGGGAGCAUCACAAGAGGCACGACCAGCGCCUAGUUCUGCCUUGCAGGAGCUAACAUCCUCCUUUGAAUUGAGCCGUUUGUUCCGCCAUGCCCGUUCAUUCUACGAGCGUUUCCGGUGA